AUGACAUCAGACAGAGCCCGCGUGCUCCUUGUCGGAUGUGGAGGAAUCGGCACGAUCGCCGCUCUUAACCUCGAAGCUGGAGGAUUGGCUCAAGUCACCGCGGUCCUCCGUUCCAACUUCGACGUUGUGAAAAGCAACGGCUUCACUAUCAAGUCUUGCGAACACGGCGACAAAGAAGGCUGGCGGCCUACCGAAGUCUUGAAUGCCGUCCCGACUUCAGUAUCCUCAGACUCUGAUAGUAUUUUCGAUUACAUCGUUUGCUGCACCAAAAACGUCCCAGACGCCGGUCCAAGCCUGCCAGACAUCAUCGCUCCGGCCGUCGUCCCAGGCCGGACGGUCAUCGUACUCAUCCAAAACGGCAUAAAUAUCCAGCUCCCCUUCUUUAAUCGCUUCCCUAAGACCAUUGUGCUCUCUGGAGUAAGCCGCAUCGACGCGCACGAGCAUUCGCCAGGUAUCAUCGAGCAGAAGCAGCCCGAUCUCCUCCAUAUCGGCGCUUUUCACAACGCCAACAUCGGCCUGGAAGAGCAGCAACACGCUGCCAGACGCUUCAUCGAAAUUUACAGCGCCGGAGAUAAGACAACGUGCCUCUAUAAGCCAGACGUCGAUUUCGACCGAUGGAGCAAGCUCGUCUACAAUGCUUCGUUCAACCCCAUCUGUGCUUUGACGAGGGUGAACGCCAGCCAGCUACGGACGGCGGACGGUUCGAUGAGCUCUUUGGUCAUCCCGGCCAUGGAAGAAGUGAUCAAAGUAGCUGAGUCUGCGGGUCAAGAUAUCCCGUCAAGCGCGAUGACACAGGCUAUAGAGAUGAAUCCCAUCGAUGAGAAUAUCAAACCCAGCAUGCAAGUUGAUUUUGACAAGGUAUGA